AUGACUCUCUCCAGCAACGAGAUCUCUGCUACUGCUGCCACGUCCUCCAUCACCCUCGACGGGGAAGUGAACCACCGCUCUGCAUAUCCAUACCAUUACAAGUACAUACGCGACGUGAUCCUUGCCACGCACAAGGUCCCUUGGUUGGAGCAACUGGUUGGUUUGCGUAAAGAGGGCUGGAGGAACGAAGGCCUCGAUGAGGUGUACAUGGAACGACAGGCAGUCAUACAAGAACCGGACAUGGAAACGCAACGGUUUUGGUUCGAGCAGAUGAGGCGGGUCAUGUCUGAGCUCGACCACUUUGGAGUGGGACUUGUCCCUCCGGCCGGAGAGUUCAAGUUUCUCGACAUCGGCUGCGCUCCCGGGGGUUUCAGCUCGUAUAUCCUCACCAAGAACAGACAGGCCCAUGGCACUGGUGUCACCCUAGAUAUAUUCCAAGGCGGGUACCCUGUCCUCCUGGAGAAACGCUGCCAGCGCCGGUACACCCUCGUCCUCCGUGACCUCCUUCAGCUCGACUUCACAUACGACGGCGCCCCACCGCCCGUCCCUCUCGUCCCGAUACCGCCGUCGCUACGUGACCACCAAUACGUCCUCGUCCUCGUCGAUGGCCACCACCUCCGCCACUACCGCCCCGAGUCCCCCUCCUCCGCGCCCGACGCGCCGAGCCCUCCAUACAUGGCCUUCCGCGACGCCUUCUUCCUCUCCCAGCUCCUCCUCGCGCUCGACGCGCUCCGCCCGGGCGGCACCCUCGUCCUCAAGCUCACCCACGCCGAGUACACGCACACCGCGCAGAUCCUCUUCUUCCUCGACGCGAUCUCCGACCGGCUCGCGCUGUGCAAGCCGCGCGUGCUCCACCGGUCCCGUGCCACUUUCUACGCGGUCGCGCGAGGGGUGCACGUCGACCGCGCGCCGCCAGGGUGGGUCUCGGGGCUGCGCGCGCUGUGGCGCGAGGCGCGCUUUGGCGGCGAGGUCGAAGGGAUGGGGCGCGCGCUGCGCGCGGGGGAGCUGGACUUUAUCGUCUCGCCGGGGGAGAUCGUGGAGGUGUGGCUGGAUAGGCUGGUGAAGCUUGCGCGGCAGGUGUGGGGGAUACAGGUGCGGGGGCUGCAAAAGCUCUUCGAGCGGACGGGGGUGCAGCCGGGGACCGCGGCGAACGAGCAGAGUGAGCAUGAAGAUCAGUAA